CUGCUGACAGUUUACAGGGCUGAAGAAAUAAAAGAGGACUGAGACACCGAGAGACAUUGAGGGAGUCUGUCAGUGGGAGAAAGAGCAAGGGUGAGAGAGAGAAAGAGAGAGAGAGAAAAUGGGUGAGGAGGGAGGGAAGUCAAAGGAGAAGUGAUGUCAAAGCAACUGAGCUCAGUGAGUAAACAGAGCUUGAGACUACAGCAUGUGUUUAUCUGGAAAGCUGCAGGGGCACAGGCAGUGCACAUCGCCCCGCAGCUCACAGCCCUGCAUCACCCACCUCAUCAUCUUCCUCUUGCUGGCCCAGGGGACAGCCUGGCCAUAUGAUUACAGAUUCCUGUAUAACUACUGUCCAGGGCCAGAGUGGAGUGUGAUGUGCAGAGGAUGCUGUGAAUAUGAUGUCAUCCACUGUAAAUGUCCUCUUCAAGGGACUCCAGUGGGCUACGCUGUGCCAUGCUGCCGUAAUGCUGUAAAUGAGUGUGAUGCCUGCAUCAUACACCCUGGCUGCAGCAUAUUUGAGAACUGCAAGCGCUGUAAUAAUGGCACAUGGGGCCCAAGGGACAAUUUCUUUGUAAAAGGGCAGUACUGUGCAGAGUGUCGCCCUGGAUGGUCCGGUGGGGAUUGUUUAACAUGUGGAGGGGUGAUUUAUAAGAGACAGGGUCACCUGGUACUGGAGAGUUACCCGACAAAUUCCCGCUGUGAGUGGACGCUGAGGGUGGACCGGCCUUUCGCCAUUGAUCUGAGGUUCAUGAUGCUCAGUGUGGAGUUUGACCACAGCUGUCAGUAUGACUACGUUGAAGUGAGGGAUGGAGACAGCAUGAACUCACGUGUGAUUGGCCGUUAUUGUGGAAACGAGCGGCCUCCUCCAAUCAAAAGCACUGGCAAUUCCCUGCAUAUUCUGUUCAUCUCUGAUGGCUACAAGAACUUUGAUGGGUUUUUCGCCACCUUCCAGGAGAGCUCAGCAUGCACAUCCUCUCCAUGUUUGCAUGAUGGCACCUGCAUCGUCGACGACUCUAGCUCCUUCAACUGUGCCUGUCUGGCUGGAUACACCGGCAAGAGAUGUGAACAUGUGUUUGAGUGCAGAAGGCCUUUGAUUCCAGCCCAUGGCACCACAGAGCAUUUGGAUGUAGGGGUGGGAGGUUAUGCUCUGUUCCAUUGUGACCCUGGAUACACACUAAAGGGCUUCCAGAUGACCACUUGCCUGUCGGAUGGGACAUGGAGUACACCAACUCCACAGUGUGUGCCUGAACAAAGCUGUGGUAUUCCUCCAAAGCCAGAGCAUGGUGAUCACUUCCUUGUCUAUGGACCAAAUGAUGUACUUAUUGCUAUACAGUAUUUGUGCUACAAGCCAUACAAACUUAAUGGAAACCCUCAAAGAACCUGCUUGGGCAACAACACUUGGAGUGGGAUGGCACCUACCUGUGUCAAAGGGCUGAAAAAAAUAUCUACACCAGGUAAUGAACAAAAUACAGGCAAAGACAAGCCCUGCGGCCAAGAAGAAAUGGGUCAUACCAAGGACAAUACUCCAUAUGAAAAAGAAAAUGAGUCAACCACAGACAAAGAUAUUAGACCACAAAAACCUACCCCUGGAAAGGAGAAAGUUGGACAAGAAGUAGAUUUGGGCAAAGACAUUAGGAAAGAUUUCAGAAAAGAAAAGCCAAAAGACAAAGUAGAAAAUAAGGAUGAUGAUGAUAGCAGCAUUAACACAAUUAGUAAGAAAGAGACAAAUGAGGAUGAAGAUCAUGUUAAACCCCUUGACAAAGACAGACAUGUAGAUAGGGGAGAGAAAGUUGCAAAAAGUCCAAAAGAAGAUUUGGACAUGGACUUUGUAGAUAUUGUGUUGAUUGACAGAAAGUGGGCUAACAAUCAGACUGCAAAGGACAAAAUUGAUGAUGAAGGAACAGACAAAGGGGAAAAAGUUAUUUAUGGACCCAAAUACUCAAUAGUAAGACUGACUAAAGGUGAGAAAGAAAACAAUUUUUAUCAAAUAGACACCAUAAACAUAGGCAAUAACAGUGAAUCUGUCGAAAGCAAUGACAUAGGUUUGAGGACAUUGCCUCGAAAAGAAACUGAAGAAAGCCCAACAGCUACUACUGACAGCACAGCAAUCAUGUCAACAGUGAGCAAAACAACUGAAAGAAUGCUCAUGAUCAAAUCUACAGAUAAGUUCAAAGUGGAUUCAGUGAAUGAACAAAUAACAGAACAGGAUUUACCACUAGAAACAAAAGAAGAAUUUUUACCAAAUACAAAGCCAGAAGGUGAAUCUGGGCAGUUUGUUGAAACUGGGAAUCUCAUCAUCACAGAGGAUAACGGGAGACAAUGUCCCCCACCACCACCGUUGUAUCAUGGUUACUAUGAGCUGGUGCCAGGACUCUUUCCCGAAACAAUGGAGUUCUUCUGUAACCACUCUUAUGCUUUGAGUGGCAAUGCACAGAGGAUGUGUCAGCCUAACGGCACCUGGACUGGCACCCAGCCUGUCUGCAUUAGAGCCUGUCGAGUGCCCAAGGUGUCUGUGCUGGUCAAACAGAGAGUUCUGCCUCCACAAAUUCCAUCCAGGAAAACACCUGUACACAAGUUUUACUCCUCUGUGGUGAACAAUUACUUAAAUAAAGUGCGUCCCACCCAGAACCCUCUUAACCUGCCCCCGCUUCCAAAAGGGUUUCACCACCUCUACACACAUAUUGAGUAUGAGUGUGUGUCGCCUUACUAUGAGCAUUCUGGAAGUGCUCGCAGAACUUGUCUGAAGACAGGAAAGUGGAGUGGCCGUCAUGUCUCCUGUUCACCAAUGUGUGGGAAGCUGCUAAACUUUGAACCCCAGCAACCAGCAGAGACUUACUGGCCCUGGCUGGCUGCCAUCUACCAUUUUCCUGCUACAAGCAAACUAGGAAAGAUCUCGGGUGUAGCUGGGAAAAAAGGUAAAAGCAUGGAGCUAAUGGAAGAAGAGCGUGACUUGGAUGGGUGGCAACUUGUUUGCAGCGGAGCCCUGGUGAACCAGCGCAGUGUGGUAGUAGCUGCCCACUGCGUCACAGAGCUGGGCAAAAUAUAUCCACUCGACACGGCCAAAAUCCGAGUGGUGCUGGGCAAACAGUAUCGCAGCGAUCUGAGAUUCACCAAGGGAUUGCAACAAUUACGGGUAUCUUCUAUCAUGCUGCAUCCAAACUAUGAUCCCCUGGUGCUGGAUUCAGAUGUGGCCAUAUUGAAGCUCCUGGACAAGGCUCGUAUUGGUGAUUAUGUGCUCCCAAUCUGCCUACCAGAUGCUCACGAUAUAGUAGAAGACUCCAGACUAGCAAUAGUAACGGGCUGGUCCCUGAUACCUUACCAGAAGGCUGGAGAUGUUGAGAGAAGUCGUGUGGGCCAUGUGAUGCUAGGUGAUCUUGUUCACUGUGAGCAGCAGUAUGCCAAUCAUGGUGUUCCAAUCAGCAUUUCUGAAAACAUGCUGUGCGGGCGACAGAUCAAUCAGUCGAACAUUUGCCCUGCUGACACUGGAGGGGUUCUGAUCCUCCCGUCCAUCUCCUCAGAGUCCAGUUUCACUCUUCCGCAUGGACAGGUCUCACUGGAAUGGAAGCUUAUAGGGUUGGUCAGUUUUGGAUAUGAUUCAUUAAACUGCAAUCCAGAGCUUUACACAGUGUACACUUAUAUCGCAAAUUUUGUUGAAUUUAUAGAGGGGAAUAUGAAAUAGGCCAUGUGAAAUAGCACAUAUUUGUCAUUCAUAUUGACCAUUUUUUUUCCACACCUUUAAUACUGCCACAUGGGGUUAAUGUACAGGCUAAAAUACACUGGACUAUACAAGAUGUAUACAAAGAUGUAUAGGGCAUGGACUUAAAACCUUACAUUAACCAUUAUAAGGGAAACUGACCUAAAACAGCAUGAACUUCUACCAUUAAUGAAUAGCUUCCUCAAAAGUGCUGGUCCUCAGGUACUCAGGUGAUGUAGAAUUAAUGACUUUCAGCUUGUGAUAGUAUGUUUGCCCAAUAAUCUUUGAAAUGUACAUAAAUUGGUAUGUUUUAUUUUAACAUUGUGAGCAUGACUGUAUAUGGUGUAUAUAUUAUAAAAUUGCUAUAGUCAACCCUAAGAAUCCUAUAGCUGGCUUAUAUAUGGACGUGAGCUAUAAAGGACCUAGACAUGCGUAACAGUUGAGAUAAGACAAGAUGUGUGAAAAUCAACACCACUGGGUGGCAGCAGUUAUUGGAGUCAGACAAAUGAUGGGAUGUGUUUCACAUUACAAACCCAUACAUCAGGAAAAAAAUAUAUUUUGUUUCUAUUUUUAAAUUAAGAGCAAGUGAAACAAUAUUAAUAAGUACUAUAGACCGUACACCCACACCCGCACACUUUAGCUUCACAAAGUAAAAACAAAGAAACGGCUCAUAGCGGCCAUCUCAAAUAGGGCUUUAAAUGAACACAGUCUCUGUCUUUAGUUGCGGGUCUCUCAUCCAUCACUGCUCUGAGCCACUCUCUCUCCUCUGCUGCUCUGGCGAGCCUUAUCAGGUCUGCCAUCUAUAAUGAGAGACAGGUGUUAGGGUAAUUACAGCCCAGGUGACGAGCCUUACCGUUUUCCCUCUCCCGCAGACAGACACAUGACCAUGCCAAAUACCCCCACCUGCCCUCUGCGCAUCCGGUCUGUGGAUCACAUCGAACUUAAAGGGCUGAAGAGCCAGAAACCAACGGGUGAUCCACGCAUUAGUAUCCUUCAUGCAGUGGAGCCACAGCAGAGGGGUAUGAUCGGAACAGAGGGUGAAGGCCCGCCCCAGCAGGUAGUAGGGGAGGGUAAGAACAGCCCACUUAAUCGCAAGACACUCCUUCUCAAUGGUAUUGUACUUUGUCUCCCUGAAGGAGAGCUUGCAAAUAAUAAUCAGUACUGGCCGUUCCUCCCCUCCCACCUCCUAUGAGAGCACUGCCCCCAGCCCCCUGUCAGAUGCAGAAUGUCAGAUCUGUCAGCAGAGUAAAGGGAAGAGAGAAGUCAGGUGCAUUUAACAGCGCUCCCUGGGCAAGCUGUGAUCGCACCGUUUUAUUAACCUGUGGACGCACCUGCCCGUGACCGAAGUGGAACCCCAGAUACAUAACUUCCACCCGCCCAGUUACACAAUUCUUUGGGUUGGCCAUGAGUUCCACCUGCUGCAGCGCUCUCAGGACCGCCCUCAGAUGUUGCAUAUGGGGUGGUCUCAAUAUGGUGGUCUUUAAGGUUUGUGUGACCGUGAAGGGGUAAAACACAUCCACAAAUUCCACUUGCAACUGGUCAAUGUCUGUAAGCUGUGACAGAGAGAGGUGAUUUCCACAGGGGAACGGGGUGAAGGAACUUCGUUUCAGAGUCACCCCCGGGCCGAGCUCCACCCUCUCAAACUACUGUCGCCAAGGUCACUGGCACCCCUCCAUGGUUUGAGGAGGUUGAGGUGGUAGAUUUUAUGUGCUCCUACCUUAUCCGUUUGCCUAACCUCAUAAUCGAGAUCUCCAUCUCGUCGUGUGACCUCAAAGGGUCCUUGCCACUUGGCGAGUAAUUUGGAGCUCGAAGUGGGCAGCAAAAAAAGGAGCUCAGCACCCCUUAAACUUGGAGUAAGAAAUGUUGUUAUUCUAAAAUGUUUGUUCGUCUUUGACAAGGUUAAAAUAAUGUUAAAAAAAAUCUCUGUAGUUUGUGGUUUAAAAUGUAUGUGUUAAGCAGGGGCGAUUCUGGGGUCAGAGCUUUAGGGGUGCUGAGCACUCAAUGAGCCCCACUGCCACCACCCACCCUCUUUUCACACAAAAACAAAAAAUAUGUCUAUAGAAAAAUAACUUUUAUCAUUUUAACAUUGGUUCAACUAACUCCAAAAUCCACAUUUUUUUUUCUUUUUUUUUUGAGACCUUUUCAGAGCACCAGCUUAAUUGUGAGAGUUCACACAGACAGCCCCCUGUAACAAACACAAAACCUUCUUCAAUCAGCUGAUUUUCCUGACCGUUAACUUUAUUUAACCUUUUUGUAUCAACAGUCAUCAGAUUGGUUAGAUUAGAUUCAACUUUAUUGUCACUGAACAAAGUAACAGGUACUUGGACAACUAAAUGUAAUUCAUCUUCUGUAAAUUAUUUACAAAAAAUGGUUCUUGAAAGGCUCUUUUUUUGUGUGCCAAACUGAGUAUGAGGGUAUUGAGACAGCUUUAACUGAUUAGGACCAGUGUCUUUAUCCCCUAAGUCUGAACAGCUCUCUUCUGUCCAUGGUGCUUUGGCUUGGUGGUCUCUAUGUUGCCUCUGUCAAUUCCCUCUCAUCCCUUAUGGACUCUCCCUGUUGUUUUCCUCCUUUAUUAUGAAAAAAUGUGGUGUAAAAUAAUGUUACAAAAAGUAAAUGUAAUAUAGGCUACUUAAUGCCAAUAAGUUAGUAUAGGAGUUGAGUAGUUACUGUUUUGCUUGCCACUAUUUUAUUGUUGUUUCCUCACCUGGUUCUUCCUGCAUGCUCUCCCUUUCCCCUUCUCCAUCUCCCUCUCUUUCCCUUGGCACUGACAAAUCAUACACAAAUAUAUUGUAGGCAGGAGAGUUGAGGUCAGUUUGUCAUGUCACAAAAAUGUUAUGAAGACCAUUUACAGAUUCUAAGGAUAUGAUCAAAAGGCACACAGAGGUGUGCCAUUUUAAAUGUCUUUAUUAGAUUCCUCUUUAAGGAGGGAAUCUAUUGUAAUUGACAGUUAUUAGAUUCCUCCGUAAGGAGGGAAUCUAUUGUAAUUGACAGUUUUAUUAUUAUUAGAUUCCUCCGUAAGGAGGGAAUCUAUUGUAAUUGACAGUUUUAUUAUUAGAUUCCUCCGUAAGGAGGGAAUCUAUUGUAAUUGACAGUAUUAUUAUUAUUAGAUUCAUCUGUAGGAGGGAAUCUAUUGUAUUUGUCAGUAUUAUUAUUAUUAUUAUUAUUAUUAUUAUUAUUAUUAUUAUUCUCCUUGAGCCCCAAUAUCUCAAAGUCACUGGUCAAAAGUUUUCUAAAUUGGCACAUUGAUACUCCAUGCCAACGGGUACCCCCAAACCAAGAAUGGUCUUCAUUCGCACAUAGUUGGCGCUACAGGCCAUGCCCAAAAAAUAUAUUUUCAAAGUGAUACCAUUUCCACGCCAUUUGUCCAAAUCUUCUGAAACUUGGUGUACAUGCCUCAUUUCUCAUGGGGAACAAAAAAGCCUCAAGAACCCAUAACUUCCGCCAUGAUGGAUUUUUCCGUACGUUGAAAAUUUGCGAAAACCUACAAAACUCUUCUUCUCCUGAACCGUAGCUCCAAUUGACUUGAAAUUGGAUACACAUGUGUAGAAUUGAAGUCUUUGAAAACUUAACUUAGGAAAAAUGAAUAUGAAACAAAAUGGAUGAAUGGGGCGUGUUUAUGUAAAUGUCCAAAUUUUAACAAUAUAUACAUGGCAAUAAAUCAAAUGUAAUUUUGACUGAUGGUUUUUCAAAGAUGACAUCACUCUGAAGUACUGCGCAAAGAAUGGACAACCUUC